AGGUUCCUGGUUUUGCGUCUUCUUCUAAAAUUCUCCAUUCUUAAACCCCUACUUUCAGUUGCUUCCCUUUAAAGUUUAAACCCUAAUUCCUCGUUGCUCUUCUUCUCUUUCUCACUCUCUCUCUAAAACAUGAUUAGAGGAGGCAGAAGCCACGUGUCAUCACCUCCGGCCUUCUCCAAUGACGCGAAACGGCUUCUCGUUUGUACGGCAAUACGGUCUCCAUCUUCAGCACAUCCACCGGCUUACAGAUAACGUCGUUGGAGGGUCACGCGGCGGGAGGUGACGACGGUGACCGUGGAGCCGGCGGCGAGUAAAGUAUUGGUUAUUGUUGACGGCGUCGCUGGAUGGGAGCAUUAGUAUUGGGAUUUCUCUGUGCCGGAGUUGUUGAAGACUGUUGAUAUUAAAUUACCCAUUUUCUCCAUGGUUAUUCCAUCUUUAUUAGGCCAACCAACUGAGAGAAAUGAAAAACAACAUAAUAUUUUUGCUUAUGUGUCUGUUGAAGAUACAAGAGAGACAACAAAUCCACGCAAAAAAAAGCAGCCCAAACCCAAACCCAAACCCUUGCACGGAAGAAUUUGCAAGUGUAACUUGACCGAGUCUCGUCUGGCCGGUGGAGUAACUUUAGCAGAGAUGAAAGUACCGCAGGUCAUAACCAUUAGUCCAUCAGGAAAAUAUUUUGGCAUUCGAAAACAUCACAAGCUUCUCAUAUGGAAGGUACCUGAUGUAGAAUCUGAGCGUAUGGUGAUGAGGAAGAUAACCAUGCAUCAUACAAAGAAGAUGACUGUUCUUGCAUUCCACCCAACUCAAAGAAUUGUAGCUGCAGGUGAUGUGACUGGAAGAAUUCUGAUUUGGAGACGAUUUGGCGAUAAAACAUUUGCUAUAAGUGAUGGACUAGUAGAUGGGAAUUUGAUGAGCAGUGAAGAAGAAAGACCUGGGGUGAGGGAUAAUGAUGAUGCUGAUUCAUGCACCACGUGGCAUUGGCACCCUUCUCAAGUAAAUGUCCUCAAUUUCUCUUCCGACGGAGCAUAUUUAUAUUCAGGUGGACAGGAAGGAGUUCUUGUGGUUUGGCAGCUUGACACGGGGAAGAAGAAAUUUUUACCCCGUAUCGGAUCUCCUCUUUUAUAUUUUACAUAUUCUCCAGAUCCGUCACUUUCCUCUAUGUCUUGUGCAGAUAAUCAAAUUCAUCUACUAAAAAUGCCUUCAAUGGAAAUUUUGAAGUCCAUUUCAGGGAUUAAGCUUCCUUGUUCAGUGCCUGAAGGAUAUGAAGCCUUAUGCAGGGGGAUUGCCUUUGAUCAAAGUGCUGGGUUGGUUGCCUUGCACACGGGGAAUUACUGCAUCCAGUUUUAUAGUCUAUUGGAUGACCGUGGUAUCUCUGAGGUUCAAGUCUGUGAGAGAAACCAUCAACCUGGAGAUGAUGUCACGGUAGUGGUGACUUUAGUGGCUCUCUCCCAAGAUGGCUCUAUGAUGAGUACUGCAGAACUCAAGAUUGCUGAAGAGGGCAUAGGGGGUCUUGUUUGUCUCAAAUUUUGGGCCUCUGGAUCUCAAAAUAAAGAAUUCAGCUUGUCCACCGUUAUUUAUGAACCUCAUAGGGAUGCGGGCAUAUCGACCGUUGCUUUCCAUCCUACCCGCCGUUUGGCUGUCAGCUCAUCUUAUGGUGGGGACUUCAAGGUUUGGAUUUGCCAUGAUGAGUUUCAGCAGAAAGAUCCUAUGCUUCAAAAUUCUGGCUGGAGUUGCCAUGCUGUUGGAUCGUACAAAAAAAAGGCAAUGACAGCAGCUGCAUUUUCUGCUGAUGGUUCUGUGCUUGCUGUUGCAGCAGAAACCUUAAUUACAUUAUGGGACCCAGAUGAAAAUGUUCUUGUUGCCGUAAUUGGAGAGACUCUCACGCCAAUUAUGAGCCUGUCAUUUGUUGGAAAGUCUGAGUAUCUCGUGGCUACAUCUCGGGGUUCAAAACCGCAACUCUCUGUUUGGAGUAUGUCAAAGCUGUCUGCAUCUUGGUCAUAUAUGCUUCAGAUAGAAGCUGUAGCUACUGCAGUAGAUGCGUCAUCCUUUGCAGUUCUUGCUCUUCUUCCUGAAUCACCUAAAUGCAAGGAGUUAAAUGGAACAGUGUUCCAAGGAAGAGAUGGGGUAAUCUUACUUUUCAAUGCAACAGAUCCUGUUCCGGUGGCUUCCUGGUCUGUGAGGAAGGCCAAGGGAGGUUUCCUUGCUUUUCUUCAAGUAAACCCAUCUUCUAUACAAGAGUAUAUUUCAGAUGGGAAACCACCUCAAACAUUGCUUGCAUAUUUGAAUGCUGAUCAUGAGUAUGUUCUCUUUGAUCCAUAUGGUGAAGAAACACAUGAGCUUAGCGUGAUUCACCGAGAGGAUCUUCUGGCCUCUGAAGAAUCAGGGCAAUAUGGUUAUGCAUCUAUUUAUGGGGAACUACCGGAGUUCCAGCUGAAGAAAAACCAGGCUACAUGGACCCCAUCUGCCCCAUCGGAGAAACCUUGGGAGACCAUUUUCAACGGUUCAUCACAUAAUCUUCCACCUCUCACCAAAUUAUGCUCAGCAUUUUUAGAGUCACUUCUGGAAAAGCGAACUGCUGUUGUGAGUGAUUAAAUACUGUUGUUUCUUGAGCCAAGUCAGUAUGGCAAAUACCAGUACACCCAGCCAAGUCAUUUAACGCAUGUUUGAAAUCCAGAACGCUGCACGGUUCACGUGCAAACAGUGUGAUCCGGUAGUGUGAAUUAGCAGAAAAAAUGCUUGUAGCUGAGAUCAGUGAUUCCAAGAUGCAGCUGGUAUUUAAAAUUUAAGAGAGCCUGGAUUCUGGCUUUCAAAAUUUUGGUAGGGUAUGUUCUGAACUUUGAUAUUGUUAGCAGAUGAGUUUUUAGCCUUUACGUUAACGAAAAUAUUCGAUAGGAGAGUAUGUUUGUUUGGUUAGAAAAAUUCUGUAAUUUUGUACCGAGAGCAACAGUGUAUAGUAUUUAUUUCGGUGAAGGAAGAUUUUUCAGAUUAGUCAAAAACUGUACCAACUCAAAUACCUUUUUAAGUAAAAGCUAAUAUUGUUUU